GAUCGUCCUGUGCUUGUGAUUUGGGAGCCUGCUAGGGGUUUUCUUGGCUGGAAAUGAUCAAGACAUGGAGGUUCCAGGCGAUGUGCAGUCUGAGAGAUCACACUAUCUAAUCCAAGAUCCAGAAUCUGGGAGAUUGUACAAGAGAGGGAAGCUCCUGGGAAAGGGGGCUUUUGGCAGGUGCUACAAAUGUACAGAUGUGUCCAGCAGCCAAGUUUUUGCAGUGAAGAUGAUCUCUCACACCAGAAAAACCAUGAUACAGCAAAGAGGAGGGGUUGAAAAAGAAAUUGAACUCCACAGCCAACUGAAGCAUAGAAAUAUUGUGAGAUUUUACCAUCAUUUUCAAGACCAGAAGUAUAAGUACUUGGUGAUGGAGUACUGCAGAAACAAGUCAGUUGCUCACAUCUUAAGGGUUCGGAAACUGCUGACAGAGCCUGAGGUGCGAUACUAUAUGAAGCAGAUUUUACAAGGGGUUCAGUUCUUGCACCAGCAAGGGAUUAUCCACCGGGAUCUGAAGCUGAGUAAUUUUUUCAUUGCCAAGAACAUGGUUGUGAAAAUUGGGGACCUGGGAUUGGCAACUUCUGUGGAGCAGUGUGAAAAAGUCCCAGGCGUCAUAUGUGGUACCCCAAACUACCUAGCUCCAGAGGUGCUGGCCAAGGAUGGUCACUCUUUUAAAUCAGACAUCUGGGCUCUUGGAUGCAUAAUGUACACAAUGCUUACCGGAUACUCCCCUUUCAGAGCUCGCUCACAAAAGGAGAUGUAUUACUUCAUUCGUGAAGGCUUCUUCCCCAUGCCGUCUUACAUGUCCCUCUAUGCCAGGAGACUGAUCAUCUCUGUACUUGCAAGCUGUCCUAGUAGUAGGCCUUGUAUAGAGGACAUCCUAACACAUGAAUUCUUCACCCAGGGAUUUACACCUGGGAAACUAUCCUCGGCUACAUGCCACACCGCUCCCACGUUCUCCUUUUCCCUCAACCUUACCCGAUUCUUUAGAAAAGCAGCCAAAGUACUGUACAGAGGUGUCUUCCAUAAGUCCAUCUGCUCAGACUUUGCUGAAGCUGAGGGGCACAAGGACUCCAUGGUCAUGCCUACAGAGAGCUUAGUAUCACUGAGUACAGAUAACAUGUAUCAGGAUGAAAAAGGAGAAGAAACAGUAAGAGCAUGUGAUGAAUCUCUGAACAUUCUAAUGAAAGGAAGAAUGAGCCACAGGAGCAGGUCGGCCUCCCAGAAACAGAGGGAGGUUUCAGGCAGGAGAGUGGUUGAGGACUCCAUAUUAAUAUUAGAGGACUGUCUUGAGAACAUUGUGCCAGGUGAAUUGAAUUCCAAGGUUCAGGUCACUUGUCCCAUACUGUGGGUAACCAAGUGGGUGGAUUAUUCUAAUAAAUAUGGAUUUGGUUACCAGCUAUCAGACAAUUGUACAGGAGUCCUGCUGUGCGAUGGAACUCACACAAUUCUCUCCCCACAUUUACAAAAAGUGUGUUACUCAACAAGCUCACAAGAGCACAUUACAUUCCCAGAAUGGAGCCCACCAUGCAAGCUUGAUCUAAAAAUGAGGAUACUAAGGUUUUUUUCCCACUACAUGAAAGAAAAUAUUUUAGAGGGUGGAGAUCUCCGAGCAAUACCCAGCCACUAUGUCAGGACCUUGUGCUUGCUACACUUUUUAAAGACAGACCAGGCUCUGCUAAUGCUGUUCAGCAAUGGAACUUUACAGGUGAAUUUUUACCAUGAUCGCACGAAGAUAAUUCUAAGCAAAGGACAGCAGGAAUAUCUUCUGAGCUUCAUCGACCAAGAGAGGCAGAGCUGCACCUUGCCUUUGUCAGUACUGCAGAACAGUUGUCCUUCAUUUAUAAUCCAGCGCCUGGAAUAUGCUCUCAUGAUGCUGCAAAGCCUGUGAGAGCAUAUUCCAGGAUUGGUCGGGCCUCUGUAUAGAAGGCUGGGAUUUGAAACACACUUUUUUAGCAUCUCAAUUGCACAUUUCAGUUACAAUGGUGUGAUAACUAUUGAACAUACAUCGGGAUGGCAUAUUGUAACUUGUGGGUAGUUGCAAGUGAAGUUUAUCAGUGGUACAGGUUGUUGUCCGUGUGUACAUGACCGGUUAGUAGGAGUAUCAGUCAAGUUGGUAUCAGAUGGCUGGAAGAGUCCAGUCAAUAUUGUGCUAUCCGAGUCAGUAAAAAGUAUGGUUGUUGCAACAAAUAGGUAGAAUGUAACAAGUAAGUCGUACAGUCAAAUGAAGGGAGUUCUUCAACUGUAGGAAAGAAAAAUGAAGGCCAGUUGUAGGCUUAAAAUAAACCAGUCACAGUUGUACAAGGGAUAUGUAUUCAAUCGUGUCUCUUGUAGGCUCAGAUGCACAUCAAGAGGAUCUGUGCAAGAACAGCAUAUAGGCUCCUGGUCCCUUGCCAAGAGUAAGCUCCUCUCUGAUGAUCACACUGUGUUCUGCAAGUUGCCGCGCGCAUGCGCAGUGUACUCGCACACAUGGCAGCUGCUCUCGGCCUAGCUCAGGAAGUAGGGGGAGCAGCCGCGAUGUCUGCAAGUACACUGUACAUGUGCGCGGUGACACGCAGAUCGCUGUGUGUCUGCUUGUAGCGGUGGAUUGCCUCUACGAGCAGGCAUGCACACUGUAGGGUCUGUCAUCAGCGGAUCCACAGCGUAAAAUACGCUGCGUAUCCGUUCUGUGUGACCCUACCUUAAAACAAUAUUUCUUUAAUUUAUAAUGAUAGAGUACUGAGAUAUUUCAAAGCAUGUUGGGGUUGAUCCACAAAACAUUUACUAUUUUGAAUGUCAGCUCCAUCCUCAAAAUAUCUGAGAUCUGUGCCCAGCCAUUGGGUGGUCUGUAAAAAUACAUCAUGUAUAAUAUACCAAUAAGGCUUUGUACAUUAAUUGUAUUUGUACAUAGAAGCAUAUAACCCAAUCUUUUAUUGAAAAGAAUCUGUACUAAUUGGCUAUUUACUUCCUACACAGCUGUCCAAUGUCUCUUCUGUCACAAAUGCUACAUAAAUACAAAAAGGCUUGUAUAUGUAAAACUGUUUAUUCUGAACCUGACCUUUGCAAAACAGGGGUGACCUGGAUAUGGCGCAGAUGCUAAGAUGUCACUAUGUCCGUGGAGCACACUAUACCCCCUCCCUAAACCUGCGAGUUGGAUCUAUUUCAGCCUUCUGACCUGCAGUCUGGGCAUUCAUCCAAAAUAAUGAUGUACGUUCUGCCUAUAUUUACAGACUACUGAUGUAAGGAGGAAGGCCAUGCAACAUCAAUAUACUUACCAAUGGAAAUUAAAGACAAUAGGGGAGAUUUCUUGAAAACUCUGCAGAGGAAAAGCUGACCAGUUAUCCAUAGCAACCAAUCGGACAGCUUCUUCUAUUUAAAAAGGCUUAUUAAAAAUAAAAGAAGCAAUAUAGCUGACUGCUAUGGCCAAAUGGUCUCCCCCAAUAUGUUCAUUUAGACCCCAGUACAUUUAUUUUCUCUUACAAGAAGUGAUUUUAAAAAUAGUUCUGCUUCAAAAUGUACAAAUGGCCUAGUCUCUGGCCUCCAGCAGCUGUUCUGCCCACACACCAAUGUGAGGAAGCUAAUAGAAUAAACAUGGACAUUUACAUAAUUAAUACAUCAGUAAUAGAUUUGCAUGGGUAUCAGAACUUUUAGAUUUAUUAUCCUGUUCUAUUUCCAGACAGAUGAAGUUUUAUUACAGUUUUAGAGAUCUCAUAAGUCUCAGAUUAGUUUUGCCUGCAAAACUGUCCUCAGCAUUGUUGAAAAGCAGCUGCCAAGGACCAUUGGCUACUCCAAGAAUGUGACAUGUCUUGUCAAAGAUUAGUCAUCUGCUACCCAAUCUUACCAGAUCAGAGUAAGAUCCCUAUCUAAAACAUGCUAGUAUAUACACAAGUUCUAGGAAUUUAGUUCUGCCUUAUUCAUCUCAAAAUAACCACUGUGUUACUAGAAUGACAUGUGACUGAGCUGAUUUCUUUAUAUAAACUCAAGUAGGGAGCCAGGCGACUGUUCAGUGCUAUAAACAUCAUCCCAUCUAUAAAGGCUCUUACAGGUCACAAAUACUGCUACCUCUGCAAACUGCAAGGUCCUAACCUUGAAUUAUAGUUAUUAGGACAGAAAAACAAUAUAAUUCUGUUCAAAUUGCAAACAUUAAAAGGGGUACUCUGGUCUUGAACAUUUUUUUUCCCUAGGCUUCCGGCACAAAAUAAAAACCAGGACUUACCUGCUGCAGUUGCCUGGAUGCUCUGGUAUUGCUGACAGCCUGGGGAUGAUGUUUAAAAACAACCCUUCAUUAUAUACUGCUAAUAAAGUGCUAUGAAAUUUAAGAAAACAAGCCCCAAACGAUGUCUGAAAUGUAAUAAAAAAAGAAAACCCAAGAGGGUUCAUGGGACAUUUGUGCACCAUGUGUUUGGUAUAAAUACUUUUUAUGGUCAGGUAGUUCCAUAAACAAUAAAACAGAUUGGGUUUUGUUAAGUCAUACUUUAAAGAGCACCUUUCACCAAACAAACUUUUCUAAACUAACUCUAUGUUCCCUAACUACUCCUACAAAUAAAAGUUUGCAGAGCUUUAAAAAGCUGUGUACAUUAUCAUUCUUCUUGCUCACAUUUUGCAAUCUCCCAGCAGCAAGAAAGUGGGUGUUUCCCAGCAGGCAUGACAUCUCUGAAGCCUGCUGGGGGACCACUUCCGCCCUCACAUGGUUGCAGCGCUGUGAUAAGAAGACCUCAAGCUCUGUGCAGAAGCUUUUAGUCUGUGUAUCUUUCAGUGAGGCUCUUUGCAGCUGUCAAUCAAGCACAGUGCAGAGAAACACUUCCCGAGUUUGGUCUCCUGCCAUUUCAACCAGGAGACCAAAAUCUAAGAUUCUGACGAGAAGGAAUGUGUUCUGGCCAAGAUGGGAAACCAUUAUUUUUUUUUAUGGAAGCCAAGUUAUUUAUUUGGCAUAAGGAAUCAAAUAUAAAAAAUCAUGUUUAAUGAUAUGGCCCAUUAGGCAUUUACUCAGUCACAUAUAUGUAGACCCAAACUCGUCUUAUGUCACUGAGGCAUAGUUACACAUAUCGCUCAUCCACCAUUUUACCAGUUGCUUGCUUACAUAUCCCUCCCACCCAAAGCCAAGGGCUUGGCACCUACCCUGGGCAAACAGUGGACUCUUGACAGGACAUAAGCAUUUAUAUAACACUUACCUGAUCUAUGUUCUACCACAAAAUCCUGUAAUGCCAGGAACCAUUGUGUUAUCCUACCAUUAUUGACUUUAUUUUAAAUAAUGAAUUUUAAUUUUGCAUGGUCUGAGACAAGCCUGAAGUUUAUACCAAGCAGACAAUACCUGAGAGAAUAUAGUGCCCACCAGACACACACUCUCUCUUUCUACAGCUGAAUAGUUUUUCUCACGAGUUGAGUCUUCUGCUAAGGUACAUGACCAGAUGCUCUUGACCUGCGCUCAGCUCCUGAGUGUGCAUAAUUGAAGGGGAGUGGGACAAGGGCAUAUAGGUACACCCUUUCUACUCAAGAGGUUAAAGGGGUACUCCAGUUUUGUAAAAUGUAUCCCCUAUCAAAAGGAUAAGUGUCUGAUUGUGGGGGCGUAUGACCGAUGGGACCCACCGCGAUCUCCUGCAUGGUGCUUCGGCUCUCCCCAUGCACAGAGCGGUGGUCAACACGCGCCGUCCAUGUAUGUCUAUGGGAGAGACGUACUAGCAACCCCCUUAUAUCACCCCAUUCUAAAAAAAAAAAACUACACACCUGAAAGUAUUCACAACUGGAUAUAUAAACUUUGUUAACCCUUUAGGAGGUCCACAGGAAUUAAGGCAAACUUAAAAAAAAAAAAUAUAAUAAUUUCUGCAACAAAGCAGGUAUUAACAGCAAAAUUCUACUGAAUAUUUAUGACCCCAUCUGCAGUUUUUAGACAGAUUCCAUGUGUGACCUCAGUGUGCUGCUUGACUCGCUCACAGGCCUUAAAAUAAAAAUAUAAAUAAAUCACCUAGUGGAGCUGUAUGAAACUCUAUUGUUCUUAUUGGUAUUAUUAUGGGGUACAUAUGACUUUCUGAUCAGUCUUUUUUUUUUUCUUUUUUUUUUUUACUUCUGGCAUUUACCAUAAAGGAUCUUUAAAGGAUGUUAUCUUUAUUCUGUGGUUUAGUACGCUUAUGGCAAUGCCCAAUUACAAAUACAGAUAUUUUAGUUUUUCUUCCUUUUCAUAAUAAAAUCACUUUUAAAAAACAAAAAAAAGAACUGUGAGUUGCCAUAGCCUGACAGCUGUAAUAGUCUUAUUUUUCAACCGACAGUUGUGUGAGGGCUUAUUUUUUGUGGGGUGAGCUGUACUUUUUAUUUGUAGCAUUUCUGUGAAACUUGUUACCUUUUAAACAUUUUAAUCAGUUUUUUUUUAUUUGGAGGCAAGGUGACCAAAAUCAUGCAGGAUAAAUAACACCUUAAUAGUCCUUAUGCAUGCAGUGAUAACUAUCAUGUAUGUUUU